AUGGCUGAUAAAGAACAAAUAGCAAUGCCUUAUUUAAAUUUUAGUAUAAAAUAGCCAAUUAAUAUAUUAAGCAUUUCAAAAUAUGUAGAAUAUUAAAUAUAGCGAACAUUUGACUCCUUAAAAACAUAGAUCCAUGGAAUAAUUAUUAAAAUCCCCUGGAAUUCAAGACCUCGUCAAAGAUUCUAUAAAAUCAGUUUUAAAUAAUCCAAAUCAUAUAACAUAAUAUCGAUAUGAAAACUAAGAGAGAUCUGAAAGUCCUAUGCCUUCAUCUUAAUUACCAAAACUUGAGAGAUACAAUAAUACGAAUGUAUUAAAGUAGAUUCAUCAUCUUAAAUAGAAGAAAAGUUAAUAAUUUAUCAAUAUUAGAUGCCAAUUCUCCAAAAUCUUAUAAGAAAUCUUACAAUCUUCAUUAAAAGUUUAAGUAGGGUCGUUUCUUAUAAAUGUUUCCUUAAGUAGAUGGUUAGAAUACCUUAAAUAUACAAUCAAAGCCUAUCCAUGUGAUAAGUAUUAUUGACAGUAACAUUAGAAAGGAUUAAAUUAUAGGAAGCAUUUCUAAAUAAUUCUAUGGAUGCUAGAGCAGAGAGAGAUAUUAUAGAAAAGUUAAAAUAAAAGAUGGAAAUGGACAAAUAGAAUAGAUUAAAUGAUAUUGAAACAGUAAAGGCCUUGAAAUUAUUAGAACCUCGUAAAAAUUCUUAAUUGCUUAAAACAUCUCGAAAUUCUAAAUUUGAAAAUAUAUCAAAUAUGUCUGGAAUGUCAUAAUCAUAAUAAAUUCCCUAAGUAACAGGUCCUAUUAUAUUAUAACCAAUAUAAUAAUAAUAAUAAGUAACUAAAUAAAAAAAAAAAAAAUAAAAAAAAUUUGAUGGAAUUUAUUUUAUUGAUCCAAAAUAUCCUUAAGAUGUUGUAUUUUAAGAAAAAUAUGCUUCAAUGAGACAUUAUUUUAAUAUUUUGAAUCUUUCAAAUUGUAUAUUUGUUUAACCAACAGUAAAUAUUUACAAGGCAUAUGUUGGGAAAGGGAAUAAUGGUAUGUUAGUAAGACAAAUUUUAAAAUCUCGAUGGUGGUGGAGUAUAUAAGAUGAAAUGGAAUAAUGUCAUUUUGUAUGGACACAAUUAAAAGUAAAUUCAAUUCAUGAGAAUAUGAAAUCUUUGAUUAGAAAUCCAAAUGAAUAAAAUACAUGUUAAAGUGCUUCAUCUUCAAUUACUACAAUAGGUUCAAUUGGACUAUAUAAAUAAGAUGAUUAAAGUGAUAAUGAAUAACAAAUAAAAAAUAAUAAGAUAGUAAAUUCAUAAUGGAGCAAAUUUUUAUCUUAUAAUGAGAUUAGAUAAUAUAGUCAAAUAUUGAAUGGUUAAGGAAGAUUUUCUAAAUUAUUAACAUUAGAAUAAGCAUAAAAUAUAAAGAUGAAAUUAACAAUAUAUAAUGAGCCAAUAAAAGUUCAUAAUCAUUUGGAAAAUAAUUUUCAUUUAGGAAAUAAGAAAGCAUUAUUUUAUAAUAUGAAAGCUUAUUAUGAAUCAUAAAAUAUAAAUGUAUUUGACAAUUUACCAGUUACUUAUCAUAUUAAAAGUUUAGAUGGUCUAGAAUAUAAAUAAUUUUUGGAUGCUUAUAAAGAGAGAUAAUAAUUGAUAAAUUCUGAAUAGGAUAAGCGUAGAAAUAUUUGGAUAAUAAAACCAGGAGAAAUAACAAAUAGAGGUAAUGGAAUCAAAAUCUCUGAAGAUUUGAAUGAAAUAUAAUCAAUAUUAAAUUCAAGAGAAAUGCAUAAAAAUGGAAGUUACAAAACAUUUAUUGUUUAAUUGUAUAUUGAUAGACCAUUACUUUACAAUAAAAGAAAAUUUGAUAUUAGAUGUUACAGUUUAUAUGUUUCUAUUAAUGGAAACUAAAAAGGUUAUUGGUAUACAGAAGGAUAUGUAAGAACAUCAAGUAAGGAAUUCUCAAUGAAGAAUUUGACAAAUAAAAUGAUUCAUCUUACUAAUGAUGCUGUAUAAAAGAAAGGAGAGGAUUAUGGAAAGUAUGAAAAAGGUAAUAAAGUGAGUUUUGAAGAAUUUGCUGUAUAUAUUGAAAAUUUAGGAGGUGAUUUUACAAAAAUUUAUUAAAAAAUGAAAGUAUUAUUAAAUAAUAGUUUAUAUUUUAGUAAAUGGCAACUGAUUAAUUUAGAGCUGUUUAUGGUAAAAUGGAUUAAAAUAAAAAAGAAAAUACAUUUGAAAUAUUUGGAUUAGAUUUUAUGAUAGAUGACUCAUUUAAAGUAUUAAUGAUUGAAGCCAAUACAAAUCCAUCAAUUGAAAUUUGUUGUCCACUUUUAUCUAAAUUAAUACCUUAAAUGUUAGAUAAUGCAUUCAAGUAUUAAAUAAUAUAAUUAAAAGAAUAUCUUUAGAUCCAAUAUUUCCACCACCAAAUUUUUAUAAUCCUAAAAAAAUAAUAUGUGAUAAUUAUCUUGAUAAUAAAUUUGAAUUGGUUUUUGAUGAAGUUACUGAUGCACCACUCUUAAAUUAGAGUUAAUAAAAUUGUAAUAUCAUAUUUAUAUAAUAUUUCUAGAUGAUAUUGGCCUUAUUGAAGAAGAAUCAGAAGAGGAAGAAGAACCUUAAUGA